AUGCAAGUACUGUUUUGGGAAAUUAUUGAGUUUCCAGUUUUAAAAGUAAAUCCUGUGACAUUGAAUGUUGAAUCCACAUUUCAUCGUUAUGUGUGUCCUGAAGUCCACAAAGAGUUGACUCCCUUUUGUAUAGAGCUGACUGGUAUAAUACAAGAUAUGGUGGAUGGACAACCAAAGCUUCAAAAAGUUUUACAGGAAUUUGAUGAUUGGAUGAAACAAGAGGGUCUACUAAAUGAAGGAGUGAAGUUUGCUUUUGUAACUUGUGGUGAUUGGGAUUUAAAACUAAUGUUACCUAAACAGUGUGACUAUUUCCAUAUAAAGCCUGAAGAUUAUUUCAACCAAUGGAUCAAUCUUAAAAGAUCUUUUUCAGAUGUGAUGAGUGUAUUUCCGCAGGGUAUGAUGCCCAUGUUAAGUCAGUUAAAGUUAAAACACCAAGGACGACAUCACAGUGGUAUUGAUGAUUGUAAGAAUAUAGCUAAUAUUGUGAUAGAAUUGUUAAAAAGAGGCUAUGUGUUUAAAUAUACUGGAAGAUUACAACAAGCUGCACACUCUAGAUAAUCACAUACUAUUUUCUGGUGCUAAAAAUGUCCGAUUUAAAUUAUUUGGAAUGUGAAAUAAAAACUGUUGGAACAUAUUGUACAGACUAAGGUAUAGCUUGAUAAAUUAACCAUAAUAAUGAUGCAUUGUAAAGGUUAAUAGUCACUGCCAGGAAAUACCAAGGAAUCUUCCCGGACAACAACCAUUAUAGUAAUGGUCAAUAUCUUUACAUUAUAUUAUAACUGGAUAAAUGUACAUGUGUUCCAAAUUUUAUAAUUUCUAUAAUAUCAGCUUUUUAAAGUCUUAAGUGCACGCAAUCUAUAUAUUAAAAACAUUAUUAAUUAGACAUUAAUUAACUUAUCCAGACCAUAAUCAACUCUUGAUGUCAACGCUAGUCUGCGAUAUUUACUGGAUUAGGAUCCGAUUUGCUGUUCAACUUUAUUCCUGAUUCAGAUUAAAUCAUGAAGUGGAUAAUCGA